ACACCCCUACCCCCCCCAAGUCCCCCCCAAGGUCAUGCGGGGACGCCCGGGCCGGCGCUCACACACCUCCGGGACACGCGAACUGUCCCCUGGACGUGCAGUCGCUCUUCCGGGUCAUGGAACAGGCCCCCUUCCCCCAGCCGCCGGCGGCGUAAUUCCUCACUCCACUCCUUCUGCAGUUCGUGUACCCCAUCUCUCCCGUUACCUCAGGUCACCAACACCCCACCACCACUGGGGGGUCCGGCACCAUGUUUGGCUCAUCCCGAGGAGGAGUGCGGGGGGGCCAGGACCAGUUCAGCUGGGAGGAUGUCAAGACAGAUAAACAGCGUGAAAACUACCUGGGGAACUCCUUGAUGGCGCCGGUGGGCCGGUGGCAGAAGGGGAAGGACCUGACGUGGUAUGCCAAGGGCAAGAAGGACACAGCCCCUGCGCUAUCCCGUGAGGAAGAGCUGGCCGCCGUCCGCCUGGCCGAGCAGGAGGCCAUGCUGGCAGCCCUGGGCUACAAGAACCUGAAGAGGCAGCCCACUGGGCUCAGCAGGGAGGACCUGGCCGAGGUGUGCAAGCGGGACGGCACCGAGGGGGACGAGAAGAACGUGGACCGGGUGGUGGGCUUGGGCAGCUCCAGUGGCAGCGCUGGCAGGAUAAUGCUCUCCAAGGAGGACAAGGAGGCAGCCAAGAUGGGGCUCUCUAUCUUCACGCACCAGAAAGUCUCCAGCAGCCCUGAGAUGCCCAUCUCCAAGAAGAAGCAGGAGAAGGAGGAGAAGGUGGAGGAGAAACGACCGGAAGGGAACAAGAAAUCCAAAAAGGAGAAAAAAAAGAAGAAAAAGAAGAAACAUAAGAGGGAAAAGAAGAAGGACAAGCAUUACAGGAGGGAUGCUGCCUCAUCAUCCUCCGAGUCUUCUUCGGAUGAGGAUGACAGGCACCACCGAUGGAAGACCCAGCAGCGCCCCAAGACCUCGCGGCAUGGCGGCCGGCAUCGGCACGACACGGAUUCCUCCACCAGCAGCAGGGAUUCCGGCAGGAGCCCCUCGCGCCAUCCUGCCCGUCAGCGGAGCCGGAGCAGGGACGGCCGCGGUCGGCACCCAUCCCCGCGGCGCAAGGGGAGGAAGAGGAGCAGGAGCCGGUCCCCUCCAUCCCGCGGGGCCAGGCAACGCCACGACACCGAUUCGGACUGAGAGGAAGCUUGGGCGUUGUUUUCCAUGGAGAUCUCACAGAGACUGUCUGUUUUAUAAGGUUAUUUAAUUAAAGAAGCCGCAGCUCUGCUGUUGCCAGGGCUGAGCCUGGCAAAGGGCGGUGUGUGGUGCGAUGGCAGCUGCCCCUUCCCUUCCACAGCCCCUGCCUUCAACCUGGGGCAGCUCCCCCAGCCAUGGCAGGGGACAGCAGGGGCCCGGGUGCCUUUCUCCUCACUGCCUGGAUCCGUCCAUCCAGGCAUGAUUUAGCUGCGGGGUGGGUGCUGGCACUGGGAUGGUCCUGGCUGCGGUGCUGGAAAUGCUGCGAAUACUUUGUGUUUAUGUAAAGAGACUUACUUAUUAUUAUGCAGUUGUUAUUAUUACUGUGGUUUUAACAUCUUCUUUCAAUGCCAUCGAGUAGCUGCCAGUGAAGAGGUGAAGGAGAGUUUCUUCCCUUAAACCUUCCCUUAAGUUUACAACUGUGAAAUAAAACCCGGGACUCUCA